GGAACAAAUGUGUAUGUGGCCUAAAAUGGAGGUAUGUGUCCUACGGUCUGAUGAGGUGUUAGAUUGUGUGAGUGCAAAGGAUGCAGACAGCCAAGCUGGUGUUUCCCUCCUUCUGUGACCCUCAGCCUCCUUCCUUGGUUUAUUUAAACACUCUCCUCCCGGAUUAGAGGAAAUACCUUGAGCUCAGAAUAAAACCACUUUUGUUGUAAGCUAGGAAUGUAUGCAUUUUCACCAUUACUGAGGAAAAUAACAUGUGCCAGACGGCAUUACAGUGAGUCGACGAUUCUUGAAGUUUGAGGGUCUUUGCAGGACACUUGAAACCUCACAGCUUGAACAUACUGUACACGUGAAACGCCUAUAUAUACUAGUUCAGAUCAUUGCCCUUGUAUGCAAUAUACGUAGGAUUCAUAUCUCUAGGUGUUGAAAGGCUGUUGUAAGGUACAAGUACUUACAACCUUGUAAACUCUCAGACAUCUACAAGACAGCACAGUGGCUUGUAGGUUAGUUGUAGUUACAGCUAAGGUGAAAUUAGACUUCAGUGAAGGAACACCAUUCAAGGAUUAGUUUGGGUCCCAUACGACUUCAGUGUUGCAGUGAGAGUCAUAUUAAAUGAGAGCAUAAGGAGAUUAUGUAUAUGAACUGUAAAUCUCUGCAUUGUUAAUUAAGUCCCAUGAAGGCUGCUUGUUGUGCAUCACGUUCUUGUUUUCUAUGUGAACACAGCAAGCCUUGUUUACUCCAGCGUGUGUAUGUGAGCCAUGUUCAGCAGACCAUACUGGUGGAAGUAGCACAGUUUAACCCAUUUAUUAUAAAUUCUGUGCAUAUAUAAACUGCGCAAUAUUUCUCAGAGCAUUUCAUAGCUUUUUCCUACCUCUCAAGCAGACAGUAUUUUUUUUAUAGUGCAGAGAUCUUAUAAAAAAACAGCUGAUCCAUUCAUCGAUAACAGUUUUGUUACUGUUACAUCUUCAUGAGAUGUAAGUGCAUUUUAAAAGUGCACUUUAAUGCAGCGAUGAUAUUCAUUUCACAAUUUAUUCUCAUACCACAAUGAAAUGAAUGUAAACUAAUUGCAGCCUGGAAAGUAAUUAGUAGGCAUGUAGUUAAAAAAAAGAAGAUAUCAAUAUUAUGUGUAAGCUAAUUUGGCUUUUUUUCAAAAAUGCAGAAUAUAUUUCUAUAAAUGGGUCGCGGUUGGAGGAAGGAGGUUAGUUGAAAUACUGCCAAGGAAUUUUGCCUUACUGUGAGUCUGUUGAGCAAGGCUUGGAAACAGCAGCAACGAUCACAUCAAAGCAAGCGCCUUAAAUCUAGUGUAAUACCUGAAUGCUGACAUUCGCAGAGCCAUGUCUGACUGUUAAUACAUUUUUGAUUGUCAUGCUUGGCACUGGUGGGAGGCCAUGCCACACACAGGGUUAUUCCUGUCUUUUGUGAACUGAGUUAAUUGGAAAGUUUUAAGACGCAACCCAUGAUCCAAAUGUACAUAAAGAACUGGUUUAAAUUACAUGUUUGCCCCAGGACAGUGCCACUCCCCUUUCUUGGCUGUGAAAAGCAUCAUUUUGUUGUGACAUCCGCUUUGGAAAUUAAGGCUGUUACUAUUUUGAAAAGAUGAUCAUCAUGUUGUCCUUAUUAAAAUAUUUUUUGGGGAGAAAAUUAUAUUACAAGAUCUGGAGAGAGGGUAUGAGCGGUGUCUUUAUGGACUGCUGUGUCCAGUGUGUCCUGACUACCUGUUUACUGGAGCAGUAAAUGGGUGAAGUCCUGGUCUCUGCAAGCUCUACAGUUUUGCAGAUACAGACGGGGGCCACAUGAAGGGAGAAGGAGCCACCGUUGUUACGUUACCACAUAUUUCCCUCUCAUAUAGAACACAACUUGAAUUAGACUUUCACUUGGUGUGUUUUGAGCAGUAAAAUCAGUCUUUCAGCUCCACCCACCUCCUUUCUCUUUCUGUCACUGUCUUCUCUACACACAAACUCUGGGAAUCUGAGUUUGAGUGGAGGCCUGCACUGUCCGCACUGUUGUUCUUUUUGCAUGAAUAACCUCAGCCAUAGGAGUUUCAUUAAUCCACCCUUUUCACAUGUUGAGGCGCACAUGGGCCGGGGGAAGUUGGCUGCGGCUUUGCUAACAGAUUGACAGUGAGACUGUGGCAGGAGUGGAUCUGAGCAAACAGACUGCUCAUUUUUGUUUUCCAACUGUUUUGCAAGGAACAGUAGACCUGUAAACCUUCUUUUCUUUCCACACACUAUAGUGAAAGUUUUUGCUGAAACUGUCCAGAAUGAAAUAACCUGCACAUGCAGCUCAAUGUGGUUCUGUAUCUUCGUUUUUAUUCUUUCUGCUACUGAGCACCUAUGGGUACUCUCUUCAUCGUUUCAUUUCAGCUUUCCUCUCUUCACAUAGUGUUGUUGCAAUUUGAAUUUAAUAUCUUGAAAUAUAGAGCAAAUUUUUCUGAUGCUUGGGUAAGAUCAGCACAGUUACAAUGCACUUAGUGAGGUGACAAAUUAACUAUAAAAUCCUGUGCAAACACCUAAAGUCAAGAAUGACUUUUAGUGUGGCUUGUAUAUUAAUUUCUUCUCAUGCGGUCUUACACAGUCACAUUGUUUUUAGUCUGGCACUGAACUUUAUCUACAGCGGUGAACUGUUCCUUUAAGAGAAGCAGAGUUGAUACAUGAAUAACUUCCAACCCACCGACCACUGUCUGAGCCCCUGUAGGUUGUAGUGCUGACCCAACUGACCACAGAUGACAGAAGUUAAUUUUAACACUGUUAAGGGCUUUAACAGUACUUGAGAACACUCUUCAGGUGAAUAACUUCAGACAAGGAGUAACUGCUACACUGUUGCUCCAACUUGUUGGAGUGCAGUGUGUCGUGAUGACAGUGUGGUGGAGCAGCUCUCCGGCUUUGAUUUGUCUAGGGGUGUCUUUACUCCUCGUCGGUCUGUGCCGCUCUGACUGUCGGGGAGCAGGACUGUGUUGCUCCGGCCGCGACCCGUCAUGCACCAGUGAAGGGUGGAGAUCUGACCGGUCGUAUGGCACGUGCUACUGCGACCAAGCCUGCGUCUCCACCCUGGACUGCUGCCACGACUAUGAGACAGCCUGUCCAGCUGUGUCCUGUGUGGUGAGUGAGUGGACGGAGUGGUCAGGUUGUGCUGAGCCAUGCCGGGCCACAGUUCGCAGGCGGAGCAGGAUCAUCCUGCGGGAGCCACUCAACGCGGGGAAACCCUGUCCCCAUCUGGAGGAGCACGCCGGCUGUGCAGAGUACUGGUCAAAGCAAGGGCACUGUCACAUCUCACUUGUCCCAGCUCUCAUUACCACAGGUGGCUAUGGCAACGCCAGGAAGAAAAGAGACAUCCCUGAUGGUGGUGACAUUAUGGGGUACUGUGUCCAGUUUCAGCUGACCUCUCUGACAAAAGGGUGUCAGCAGAGCGCGGGCCCACACACCCAGUGGAUGCAGUACCUGAAGGAGGGGCACCACGUGUGUGUCGAGUGCCAGCCGCCUGCCCUUGCUGCUGGACAGAAACACUGUGCCGGGGACGGAGAGGACAACUUCGAGGACAGAAGACGGUCUCUCCAGUGGCAGGCGGUGGGAAACCCUCGAUGCAGGGGCGCAUGGAGACGUGUGGGGAGGCUGGAGGCCUGCUCUUGCCCAACAGCCCACAGCUUCCUCUUCAUCUGACGUCCUCCCUCCUUCUGUUGGCCCCCCUCCGGUACAUAUUUACUCAGACUCAUGUAUAAAGAGCAAUCUGCCAGUAUAACUAGAAAACUCUCAGUAACAAAUACAAGCACUGGUCUGUACGUCUAUUCUAGUAAUGAGUGUUGGUCAAUGGUCAGUUUUGCCUUUUUAGUCACAUUGACCAAAUGUGAUCUGUGACUAAUAAACCUCCUACACUUUACUCCACAAAACAAGCUUUAAUAAUGAUGUUCCCAUCUACUUUGGUUAUCAGUUCAAAAACUUUAAAUUAACAAUAAAAUGAAAGUCAGUGAUUCCUAAUCAAAAUGUAAAGUGAUCUUAUUUAUUUCAUUUUGAGUCAUCAAAGGGAAAUGUUGCUUCUCUUAAGAAAUAGAAAUAUUUUGGGACACUGAGACACUUUUUUUUUACAUGACAAUAACUGGCUCUGUGUGAAUCACAACCAGUCACAACGCCAAAGAUACAACAUGCACUGAACAAUAGAACAUUUAUACAGAAACAACAGCAUAGAAAGUCAACAAGUAAAAAUGUGUUUUUCUUCUUCAUCUUCUUUUUUUUUUUUUUUUCUUUUUUCUUUUUUUACAAAACAGACAGCCUCGGGACCUACAAACAACAUUGUAUAAGAGCUGGCUAAGGUCGUUCAAAUAUCUUUUUUCAAUUCCCUGGAAACAGUGAACUUUACAAAGACCGAUGGCUUAGGCAAGGUUGGGGUCAAUUCCACUGAGAGCUUAAAACGUAGAAAAAAUAGAGUUUAUGUUUAUAAUUUGUACUAGGUUUAAUUUGUCUCAUGCUCUAAUACUGGUUCUUCUUAUAGUGUUGUGUGUGAUGUGUGUUUUACUUACAUCAAGGCAUCUUGAAUCGACCCCAACCCUGUAAUACAGUGUUUGAUUCAGAGUGUGUAGAAUUGGGCUACUUGCUAAAGCAGUGGUUCUCACUGGGUUUUAGAAACUACCACAUGUCACUGAAAGGGUCUUAUGGGGGUUCUAACAAAAAAAUGAAAAAGUCAAACUCUUUACAGUUAAAUUUAGCAGCUAGCGCAACAACCAAAUUCUGUUUUAGAUUUCAGGUAAAUGCAUUUACUGUACAGUUGGGAGUCUUGUAAUGGAGAAACAUUUGUGUUCUUCAUUGUAAUUUGUAUCAAUAAAUGAGAGAUAAAAUAGCCCCUUGAUUGUGUUUUCUUCAUAACGCAUGAUGGUUUAGUCCUUUGAUUCAUAUCAGAAUUUCUCCACAGGGAUCUUAGUGAAAUUAAAAGCUCUGUUAUACUAUUAUAUUUCGUAAAUUUAAAUGGCUCCCUAGAAAACACAGGGGAGUAAAGUGCCUAAAUAAAAUCAAAACAAGGAUGACUUGUAAAAAUAAAUUAACUUUUUUGUACUAUGGUGGUAUCAUGUCACAGUAUCACAGUCUAGGUAUCAAUUCACAACAUCAGGCUUGAUGUUUCUUUGUACUACCUUGUCUAAAAGCUUAAAAGAGUAUCAAUACUAGUGUUAGGAUUUCAAUACUUGUGUGUGUACGUACAUGGAUGCACAUUUUGUGUAAUAUUUGCCCAUAGUAAAUCUCAGUUUCCUACCCUA